CACAGAUUCAUUUUUUUGGUGCAAGUUGUCCUCUUAGAAUGGCCUAAUAGAGUGGAUUAAUAGCUGUCAUUUUCGUUAACCUUAACUUUUUUACCAGUUACAACCUUUUUCUUCGACCAAUUCGAUUUUUCGAUUUCGUUUUCGACUUCGACGUCUAUUCGACCAAUUCACCUCGAAAGGUCAUUUUCGGAAUUCGAAUUAGAAAACCGAUGCCGUUCUAGCGCUACCCCAGUCCAGACGUCUCGGCGAAGUGAAGCCUGCAGCGCGUUCGAGAAGUUCCGAAUCGCACACGAGACCAACCUGGAUAGAAAACACCGAGGUCCGCAGUCAAGAUGAACGGUUAUAACGAGAAAAGUCACUACGAUGACGAGCCCGAACCUAGUAGUUUCGUAAAGGCUUUUGAUGCUUUCCCGAAGUCGAAACCUCAAUACGUAACGCGCACAUCGGGCGGUGGAAAAUGGACGGUCGUCAUGUCGGUCGUAUCCUUCAUACUCCUAUGGUCGGAACUUGCGCGGUGGUGGCGCGGCGAGGAAACGCAUACGUUCGCGGUCGAGAAGGGUGUGGGACACAGUAUGCAGAUUAACCUGGAUAUUGUGGUUAAGAUGAAGUGCAAGGAUCUACACGUCAACGUACAAGACGCCGCCGGCGACCGCAUUCUUGCUGCCUCGCGGUUGCAGGAAGAUGCUACGAGUUGGGGCCAGUGGGUUGAUGCGAAGGGUGUACAUCGAUUGGGUAGAGAUAGCCAGGGACGUAUACUUACAGGCGCUGGGUGGCACGAGGAAGGUUUUGGCGAGGAACACGUUCACGAUAUCAUCGCGAUGGGACGGAAGAAGGCGCGUUGGGGGAAGACGCCUAGGCUUUGGGGUGCUGAACCGGAUAGUUGUCGUAUUUAUGGAAGCUUGGAUUUGAAUAAGGUCCAAGGUGAUUUCCACAUUACAGCGAGAGGACACGGAUAUGCGGAGAUGGGGACGCAUUUGGACCACGGUGCUUUCAACUUCUCGCACGUUAUUUCGGAACUUUCGUUCGGACCGUACUACCCGUCUCUCGUGAACCCUCUCGACCGAACCAUCAACUUCGCUGACGCCCACUUCUACAAAUUCCAAUAUUUCAUGUCGGUAGUACCCACGAUAUACAGUGUACAACGGGGAUCAUCAUCAGCUUCAGCCGACCGCACCAUCUUCACAAACCAGUACGCCGUAACAGAGCAAAGCAAAGAGGUUAACGAACGUUUUGUCCCUGGUCUGUUCUUCAAGUACGACAUUGAGCCUAUUAUGCUACAUGUCGAAGAACGCCGGGACGGGCUACUCUCUUUUGCUGUUAAGGUUGUGAAUAUCCUAAGUGGUGUCCUAGUCGCCUGCCAUUGGGGCUUCACUAUGAGUGAAUGGCUUAGGGAGGUUAUUGGUCGUCGUCGUAGGAAGCAGAGUGAGGGUGUUAUUGGUGCGAAGGGUGAUUAUGACGAGUAAAAGAACGCCAUCACGACUGUGUAGUGUGUACUACUAGCCCGGACGAGGAUUGGAAGCCGGGUACUGGAUGGGCGAAAUCAAAAGUGGGCGACAACGAUGGAAUGGAAGACGAUUGAUCUGGUUUCGGCAUCCUAUCUGGGUACAUCUUUUUGUAGAACCUUCACGGAGUUAAAGGAACAGGGGUAAAGGAGAGUUCGGUAUAUAGCGUCAACACGAAAACGCCUGCAAUGAUUGAUUUCGACGAAUUUGUGUCUCUUAACCUUUGAAUAUGUCUUCCCCUCCUUUACUAUUCACAUGUUAAGUUUAGGAGCGUUAGGUAGUAUGGAUUCAAGGCCCUUUAUAAAUGACAUCCGGCCAGCAAGGUCCUCAGAUGGAACAUAACAAAAAUAUACGAGUUAUUCAUCGUGAUAUAUCAAGUUUAGUAUGUUGAUAAAUCAAAAGGUAUAUAUUUAUAUAGAUCAGAUACGAACUAGAUCGCAGAUGUCACAUAAACACCACUC